AUGGGUUGCCUGCGGCGCCGGCCGGAGCCGGCGGCCAUCGACAUCUCGUGGGUGUCGUGCCGGGGCGUCAGGUCGUCGCUCCCGUUCCACACGCCGUGCCUCUACGCCUCCGUCUGCGUGACGCCGUCGUCCGCGGGCAAGAACGUCCGCCGCCGCCGCGUCAAGACCCCCACCGACCGCGCCGGCGGCGAGAACCCCGAGUGGGACGAGCGCCUGCGCCUUCCCCUUCCCGACGACGCCUCGCCGGCGUCAGAGCAGGAAGCCGCGGGGAAAAAGAAGGACGGGCACGUUGACCACGACGGCGGUGUCCUUCUCGUUCGGUUCGAGCUCAAGGCCGAGGUGGCCGUCCUCGGCGACGUGCUCGCCGCGUCGGCCGUCGUGCCGCUCUCCGACCUCGUUGCCGACGGCAGGACGCGCCGCGUGUCCUACCAGCUGGCCGCGUCCGAGGACCGCAGGCAGCCCAACGGCGUCAUCUCCUUCUCGUACGCCUUCCACCACGGAAGCACCGUCGACGACGACCAGGAGGACCGCAGCAGCGACGGCGAGCCCGUAUCGCCCGCUAGCCCGGCCCCUCCCCCGCCGCUGCCUCAGUCGACGGGGUCAUCCUCCGGGAUGUACCCCAUGAUAGACUGGGGGCCACUGGACACGGUCACGUGCUCAAGCUACUACGCUCCUCCAGCUUCGUCGGACACUCAGGCGGAGCCGAUUGCGGUCUACCCACCGUUGUCGGAGACGUCGAGCCGUGGAAUUUACCCGACGGUGGGGGAGUCGGAUAGCAGUUUGUACCCCACAGUAGACUUUGCUCCGGUGACCUGUUACCCGCCGAUGACGGCGCCGUACUACUACGGUGGUGAUUUCGGGUGUCCGGCAGCUCCUGCAUGGGACGGGCGAUGUUUGUACGGUUGA